CAAAACUGGGGAGGGAAGAAUAUUUUGGCAGCGAUACAGAUUGGCGGGGAAGCUGAAAAAUGAAUAGAAGAGGCCACUUUACUGGGAUGCAGGAAGUGAUGGGUUCGAAUCCUCUCCCUGCAUGGGCCAGCAAGCCUUGCAUAAUGGGCAUUGAUGAAGCUGGCCGAGGCCCCGUGCUUGGUCCCAUGGUUUAUGGAUGCUUAUAUUGUUCGGCUACUUACCAGAAAACUCUAGCCACAUUGCAAUUUGCAGAUUCAAAAACUCUAAAGGAGGAGAAGAGAGAAGAACUGUUUGAAAGUAUAAAAGCUGACGAUUCCAUGGGCUGGGCUGUGGAUAUAAUUGAUCCAAGAGAGCUUUCAGCAAAAAUGCUUAAAAAAGACAAAAUUAACCUGAAUACGAUUUCGCAUGAUUCUGCUAUGGGCCUUGUAAAUAAGGCUCUUGCUAUGGGGGUUUUAGUAACAGAGGUUUAUGUUGAUACUGUUGGAGAUGCAGAUAAGUACAAAGUAAAACUAGAAGAGAAAUUUCCAGGUAUUACAUUUAUUGUAGCUAAGAAAGCUGAUAGUCUGUAUCCAAUUGUUAGUGGAGCAAGCAUCAUUGCAAAGGUCACCAGGGAUAAAUCCUUGCGGGGAUGGGUAAUGGAUGAGAAAGUUGAAUGUAUAACCAGAAACUUUGGCUCUGGAUAUCCAGGGGAUCCUGAAACAAAAGCUUGGUUGGAUCAAAAUAAACAUGUGGUGUUUGGCUUUCCCACAUUAGUGCGAUUUAGUUGGGGAACAUGCAAGUCUUAUAUUGACAAAUGUGCUGAAGUGAUCUGGGAAGCAGAUGAAGAAGACAAAGAUGGAGGGAGCAAUAAAGGGGACAGGAAAAAGCAACAAAAAUUGAACUUCAUUUCUCUAAAACGGAAAUCAGAAGAUCUGGAAUCCAGUGGUAAAGGGCGUUUUAAAUUUUUCUCUUCCAGGAAACUUCAGCUUGUUAAUGGUUCUCUGUAGACUAUUUUGGUGGUCACGUAUAUUAUAGUACUGUCCUUGCUGAUAUCCUUUUGGUCAACAGGCAGUCAUGCUUAAUAUAGGUGGAAUAUCUGACUCAUGUUUUCCUGGCAGCAGAGGAACCUUAGUGUUUUAUACUUUGAAAUAAUUGGAGUUGUAUUAUGUUAUAUAGAAAAUCAAGAGGGCAACUGGCAAGUUAAUGGUAGUUAUUUGAUCUGUCUUAACAGUUAACAGACCACAACAAGGAUUAGUGGUUUUGUUAUUCAUCAAAAAAAUGCAUCGAAGUGUUGUAUCUCUGUUAUUAUUCUAAUAUUAAAUAUAGAGAUAAGGAAAUUUUAACA